AUGUAUGGAGUGUGGGCUCCAGUGCUGCUGACACAUGGAGGGUGCUCUGGGGUGGCCGUGCUUGCAAAGCAAAAGGCAUCACUGGAGCUUGCCUAGGCUAAUGCACCCAUCGCUCCCUCUGACCUCGUGUCUAGGGAAGCUGUGACCAUGUCUGAGCUGGAAAAGGCCAUGAUUGUAAUCACUGAUGCCUUCCACCAGUACUCAGGAAAGGAGGGAAACAAGCACAAGCUGAAGAAAUCAGAACUAAAGGCUGAGUUGACCCAUUUCCUUGGAGAUCAAAGACCUGUGGACAAAGUCAUGGAGGCUCUGGACAGCGAUGAGGAUGCAGAGUGUGACUUCCAGGAGUUUGUAGCGUUUGUUGUGAUGGUCACCGCUGCUUGCCAUGAGCUCCUUGAGCAUGAGUGAGAUGGUAGGAAGCAGGUGAACACCUCCUGCUCAUGCUGGAGAGAUGCAGAGCAGCAUCACUCCUCCAGGAAAAAGACUGGCUGUAACAGCUCCUUGGAGCUAGUCUUAAGCAGCUCACGA